AUGAACGACUUGGAUGAAGGAACUGAGGGGAUGCCCAUCCCAUUUGCCGAUGACACGGAACGGGGAGCGGAGGCCAAUGUGGCAGAAGGCAGAAUGAAGCAACCAGAAAUCACCUCAACCCAAUGGACUGGUGACCCCCUCCUCCUUUUCCUCUCCCCCCAAGCCAUCAAUACAGCUAACACGAUCAAUAUUCCCCCCAGCCUCACACCUCCACAGAGAUCCCCACCCAACAGCAGUCCAGGUGACAUCAAAAGACACUCCCCAUUACCCAACAAUCUACAACUCACUCUCAGCACCCCUCCCCACGCCUUACUAAGUAAAAUAAUUCCCCUUGUUGCAAGGAUUUUUAAGGUACCAGUGAGCCACUCAAAUUGUGUCCCAGAAUUGACAGACGCAGCAGUGGAGAAAAAGAAAGUGAUAUUUAUUGCUGAGCAAUAA